AUGCUUAUAAAUAAGACUUUUAGAGAUGAAGAGCCAAAAACCUUACCUCGACCAAUAUCUAUUACUGCUCAGGAAGUAGCAGCAGCCAUGAGUAAAAAAAAUAUAACCAAAAAAGAGCUUUUAGCAAUUAUUGAUUCAUUGUUAAAUUCAAUUUAUGCUUUAGCUCAUCCAAA